GGUUUACCCGGUGCACCUGGCCCUCAAGGUGAUCCCGGUCUUCGUGGUUUGCCUGGUCCAAAAGGUUUCAAAGGGGUCCGGGGUUUGCAAGGUAUCAAGGGUCGUCCUGCUCCAGCAAUCACAAUCCAAGGACAAAAAGGUGAACAGGGAGAACAGGGUCCCCGUGGUCCCGAUGGAUAUCCUUGUCCAAUGGACGUGGACUCCUUAGUUGGUCCCACCGGUUUGCCUGGACCGACGGGCUACAAAGGAUUAAAAGGUGACGCUGGGCCACACGGUGAAAUCGGUCUUCCGGGUGUGGAUGGUCCUCCAGGAUUACGCGGAGAAAAAGGCUUGCCGGGUAGGCAUGGUGAUCGAGGUCGACCAGGUGACUCAGGAAUGCCAGGCCUGCCCGGAGAACCGGGUUCUCGUGGUCUCGAUGGAGAACCUGGACGCAUUGGAGAUAUCGGUAUCAAGGGAGACCAAGGUCCACCGGGAGUGGAUGGGGUUCCUGGUUUCCGCGGCCCAAAGGGAAAACCUGGUGGUGCAAAAUUCUGCGCCGGUCCAAAAGGCAUACGUGGUGAACCCGGAUUACCGGGGCCAAUGGGAAACCCAGGCGACGCCGGGCGUCAAGGUCGAUUUGGUAUUCCCGGAGAGAAGGGUUCAAUGGGACCAGUCGGUCGUCCCGGUUUACCUGGUCGUCAUUGCACAGAAGGGCAACCUGGAUUGCCUGGUCCAAAGGGAGAAAUCGGUAUUUCUGGUAUACCCGGUGAACCGGGACUUCAAGGUGAGCCUGGACGCGAUGGACCACGAGGUUUGCCUGGUGAUACGUCGGACCAGGCCUUGCCGGGAACACCGGGACGUCCCGGAUCUCCCGGUUCAUUUGGACGCAAAGGUGAACCUGGAGAUCCCGGAGAUGUGGGCCCGAAAGGAUAUCGAGGUACAGGAGAUCGAGGGCCAGCUGGACCACGCGGACCACCCGGUGAUGACGGUGACUCAGGCAUGCCGGGUUCACCUGGUUUACCCGGUGUACGAGGUCCAAAAGGUCGAAGCAUUAUCACUUGUACCAAGUGCGAGGAUGGACGCCCAGGAUUGCCAGGCGAUAGUGGAGAAAUGGGCGAAGCUGGAUUCUCCGGGCAACCGGGUACCAACGGUCCGGAUGGCGACACUGGUUGGGAUGGUGAUCCGGGCCGUGAUGGGCAACCAGGUAUGCCCGGGAAAAAGGGUCAACCUGGGCUUCCAGGGUCGUUUGGAGUGAAAGGAGACCGCGGAGAACGAGGAGUGAUCACUUAUGUUCAGGAAAAGAUACUGCCCGGGGAUGCAGGAGAACCGGGCUACCCAGGAGCCAAAGGCGAACCAGGUGAACGCGGAUUUCCGGGAUCAUUUGGAAUCCAAGGCUCGAUUGGAGUGCCGGGUCGCAGGGGAUUGCCUGGUCAGAAUGGUAUUCCGGGCAUGCCCGGUGAGAAAGGAGAUGACGGAAUCCCAGGUGCACCGGGUGAAGACGGACGUGGAAUUGACGGACUACCCGGAGAUCCGGGUGAUCAGGGUUAUCCUGGACGGAAAGGAUUCCCCGGUAGACCUGGAGACAAAGGUUACUGUGGUUACAUUCCACACCAAAUAGCUAAAGGCCAACCGGGAGAAUAUGGAUUCCGAGGCGAUCCAGGAGCACCGGGCGAACAAGGCGACCCCGGUAAUCAAGGACUUAAAGGUGCCAAUGGAUUGCCUGGAAUACGUGGCUCACCCGGAGAAAAUGGAACCUACGGUUAUCCAGGCAUUAAAGGAGAUCGCGGUAGACCAGGUUCCAUGGGUAUUGAUGGAUUCCCCGGAUCGAUUGGUAUUCCGGGACGUGAGGGUAUUAUCGGUGACCCGGGUUCUCCCGGUCCUUCUGGGUUGCCAGGAAUGCGCGGACCACCGGGAGAUCCAGGUGAUGCUGGAAGAGGAGCUUUCCUAAGCCCCGGAGAGAAAGGUUUCCCCGGUUCCCCAGGUGUACCUGGCCUACCGGGUGAUAUGGGCUAUCCAGGCUUGAAAGGACUCCCUGGACGUGCAGGAAAACCUGGGAAUAAUGGACCGUUUGGACCACGAGGUUUCCCCGGACCAAAGGGAUCCAGAGGUCGUCGUGGUAUGCCUAGUUCCAAUAUGGUGCCUGGAGAACCGGGAGUUAAAGGGAACCGUGGAUAUCCUGGCACUUGGGGUCGAAAGGGUGAAAUGGGUCAGCCUGGUGUAUGUCGUUAUAAAGGAAUGCCCGGUGACCCAGGACCAAUGGGCUUGCCAGGAUAUCGUGGUUUGCCUGGAGAUGCCGGUCUACCAGGCGAUCGUGGAGAUCCAGGUUUGGAUGGGUUGUCCGUUUUCAAUGGGCCAAAAGGAGAUCGUGGAGUGGAUGGAUUUCCCGGUCGCAUGGGUCCUCCCGGACCGAAAGGGACAGCGGGUUGGCCUGGUUCACAGGGAGCCAAAGGAAGUCCGGGCAGCUUCGGUGCACCAGGAGAUCCAGGCCUACGUGGCAAACCUGGUAUCCCGGGUCAACGGGGUAUGCCAGGUGACCGCGGUAUGGAUGCCCAAGUCUCAGUCGGUUUCGGCGGUAGUCCUGGUCCCAUGGGUGUACCAGGUUUACCGGGGUCCAAAGGUGUACGAGGCUUGAUUGGGAAAGAGGGCAAACAGGGGGAUCCCGGUCGAGAUGGAUUUGGUCCAAAAGGUCAACAAGGGCGACCAGGAAUUCCCGGACCACGGGCAGAACCAGGAAUUCCAGGAAGGCAGGGCAGCUUUGGACCAAAGGGAUUCCCAGGAAUGCCUGGACGGAUGGGACAGAAGGGUGAUCCUGGACCUCGAGGUCCGGACGGUAUGGAAGGACCAGAUGGCAUUCCUGGUGCCAAAGGUCAACCGGGAAAAGCUGGUGAAUAUGGUGAUGUAGGUCCCAAGGGUGAUUGGGGCCCUCGAGGAGAUCCGGGUCUUCCAUCAUCCACGGUUCCUGGGCGUCCUGGCAGAAAGGGAUUCCCUGGUAUGCAAGGAUAUCCUGGAUCCUUGGGAAUGCCCGGUGACAAAGGAUUUCCAGGUCCACUUGGUUCCCCUGGUGAACCGGGCUAUCCGGGUAUGCGUGGCCCGAUCGGACAACCUGGACUGCCAGGUAUGCAGGGCUCUCCGGGGUACGCUGGAAAUCGUGGUUUACCCGGUCAGCCAGGAGCACGUGGAGAACCAGGCAUUCCAGGAAGCAGAGGCUUCCCUGGUCGAAAAGGCUUUCAAGGUCCAAAAGGAGAUCGUGGAAUCUCUCCUUCUUGCCCCGUUGGAUCUCCUGGACAACCAGGGCCGAUGGGUCGCCCAGGAAUGCUCGGUCCUGAUGGAAUGAAGGGAGUUCCAGGAUCUUUGGGAAUGCCUGGGCCGAAAGGUCCACGAGGAUAUCCAGGAGAAGGAAUCAUGGGAGAGAAAGGUUUACCGGGUAGCCCAGGCAUGGACGGACAACCAGGUCCCCGUGGAGAUCGUGGGCCUCAAGGUCGCAUGAGUCCACCUGGGGCUCCUGGUCCAGUUGGAGACCCAGGAUACCCGGGACCAGCCGGUCUGCCUGGAGAUCGUGGCUAUCCGGGUUCGAUUGGACCGAAAGGUUUGCCUGGACAAACAGGUCAGCGUGGUAUGCCUGGACGCCCGGGACCGGAUGGUCGUCCAGGAUCGGAUGGUCUUCGUGGUCGGGAUGGAGAUCGUGGAUCUGUCGGGCCAAUGGGGGCGCCUGGUGCUCCAGGCCCACGUGGUCAACCAGGUCUCACUGGACGUAAAGGAGAAUCGGGAUACGCCAGGGUCGCCCAGAAAGGUGUGCGUGGUGAACCAGGUGAUCGUGGUGAACGGGGUGAAGUUGGUCUCGACGGGCUGUCAGGUCAACCGGGCAAGCCAGGAGAUGUAGGUGAGAAGGGCAUGAAGGGCCUUCCCAAUCCACGACCCGGGUCAGUUGGACCACCCGGGGAUCGGGGAAUGCGAGGGGAGCCAGGUUACGGCGGUCCAAAGGGAUAUCCGGGUGAGAAAGGUUAUCGUGGACCGGCUGGACCGAACGGGACCAUUGGACUUGGUGAUGCCGGCUAUUUGUUCACAGUUCACUCGCAGGAUUCCAGGCCUCCACAGUGCCCAAUCUAUACAACACCUUUGUAUACCGGAUUCAGUUUGGUUACUUUACAAGGCGAUGAUGACUCAAUGACCAUGGAUUUAGGUACGCCUGGUUCUUGUUUGCGCAAGUUCUCCGUCAUGCCAUUUGCAAGCUGUUUUGCCAAAACCACUGGAAACUGUCAUGUGAACAUGCGAAAUGGACGGUCUUAUUGGUUAUCGACCUUGGAACAAUACAUGAUGAGCCCAACAAAAGUUGAUCACGUGGAACCCUAUAUUUCACGGAGCACGUAUUUUGUACCGGUGCAUUCCAGCUGUGUUGUCUGUCAGUCGCGAACUACUCUGGUAUCGUUCCACUCGCAAAAACAGGACGCGAUCCAAGGCUGCCCCAGCGGUUGGGAAAACGCAUGGAAUGGUUUCAGUUUUCCAAUGAUGGUUGGACCUUCUUCUAGCGGUGGUAUUCAACCCUUGGAAUCACCUGGAAGUUGUUUGCAACACUUCCGAGCACUUCCAUUUAUCGAAUGUAAUAACCACGAUGGAAACUGUUUCCAUUGGCAAGAUGGACGAUCCUACUGGUUGACCAGUAUCCAACCGAGGGACCAAUUUAUCAAACCUGUCGGUACUGCAUUCAAGUCCGAGACGGCAGUAUUGCAACACGUGAGCCGCUGUAGCGUGUGUCGUCGUUCCAUGGAAUCGUUGCUGCGUUGA